CAGGAGGAAGCAGAGCUUCCAAUUCCACUUAAGUCGGGACCAACAGUAAUGGUAGAUGCUGUUGGAACUGUGGUUGGCUGGCCAAAAGAAUUGGUGAUAUUUCCGACGACAAAGACUGAUGACUGAGGAGGAGACCAUUCCUAUCGAAUUUGAUGAAGCCAUGUUUGGACGUAAUGUGAGUACAUCGUUGUUGAGAGAGGAUGCCAUGCGCUGUAUGGAAAUGAGAGAGAUAGGGUCCAGGCAAAUUUUGGUUUACAUGGGUUACUUGUACAAGUACUUGAAGGAAACAAACAGGGCUGAGUAUGUGUCGUUUGUGGAUCCCAAUAAAAUACCAGCCACACAAGAUGGCAGUACCUCUUCACAACACAUUGCUAAUCAGUUGAAAGCAUCAAACGGAGAUAGCAUAUGCCUUAUCCCAUACAACACUGGUUUGCAGGUUGUGUGAAGAACCAGUACUAUACGCAGAC